AUGUUGCAAAAUAUUGUCAUUAAUAAUAAUAAUAAUAUUAUUAACAACGUAACAAAUGUCAUAAAAAAGGAGAAUUUUAAUUUUAUUGCAAGUUAUUCUAAUAACAAACCACUGAAAAGUUCUCAUGUUCAAAAUAAUGUCAUUAAUUCUGGUAAUAAAUCAAUGUCUCCUUUAUUGAUAUCAAACCAUAAAAAUAGCGAUGAUGAUGAUAAAGAUAAAGAUAAAAAAUGUGUAAAUGAUAAGGAUAAUAAUGAUAAUAAUGCCAGUAAUAAUAAUAAUAAUAAUGAUGAUGAUGAUGAAAAUAAAAAUAAAAAUAAAGAUAAAGAUAAAGAUAAAGAUAAAGAUAAAAACCUUAUUAAUAACGAUAAUAAUGAUGAUUAUAAUGAUAAGUAUAAUAGAAUUGGACUUGAUAAUAGUAGUCAUAUUAUUGGUAAUAAUUACAGUGAUCACAAUGACGGAAACAAUUUACUACCGACAGUCACAAGUAUUAAAUCUGAGGGUAUAAGCGGAAUCGAUGAGCUGCAUAUGGCAUCUGAUGGAAUUAUACCGAUCAAACAACUUGAUAGUCAUAUUUUUUUUCCGCCAACAAACGUCCAUAUCAUGAAUCUAUUGAAUUUUGAUAGUAAACAAUCAUCUAUAGAAUUGAUUUAUUCUUCGAAUGAUACUCCUGGCAUUAUUUCUCAAAGAAAUGGCUCUUGGGAGUCUGUAGUAACAAAUUUAAUUCAAAUGGAUCCUAUUAAUAAAUAUUACUCUAUGAGAAUAGCACAUAAUAAUCCAAUUGAAGAUAUUUCAUACAUUGAGAUUGAUGAUAAAAAUUUUGUUGAUUUUAUUUGGUCCAUUUGUAAUAAUACUCUAUGUGUAGGUCAAUUUUGUUUAUUCCCACAAAAGAAAUUUGAAGAGAUGAUGGCAAUGUUAAAAUCUCUAGAUCAAGAUUAUCCGAUUAUUCAUAGGGUAAUAAGAUACACAGUAGCUACAUUUAUGAAAGACUUAUAUCAUAAACAAGGUUUAUUCGAGUUGUCGAAUAUGUGGGACACUCUAGUGAGAAUACCAAGUAUAAGACCUUGUUUGGAUAUAAUGAACCAACGAAUUAACGCAUGUAACAACUAUAUUGAAUGCGUUUCGUUGGCAUUUUCUGUUGCAUUAUUGUUUUCACCCCAUUCCACUGGUUUAAAUUCAGAAUGGCGUUCUCAUUUAAGUGGUUUGUAUACAUUGACGAGAAAGGCUUGUUCGCUACUAAAUGAAAAAGUCUUGUUAACAGAAAAUGGUAAAAAUGCAUUCUCUUUGUUCGGGAUGAUUAAUGCUUUAUUUUGUAGAACAGAAGUAUGUGCGUAUAUUGCAGCAGAUAAUGGUGGUAUUUUAACCACAGUAGAUGGCUUAAAUACAAGUUAUAACGUUGAACCAUUUUCUAAGUUUCAUAUUCUAUCUGAUUCCUUUGAUUUAGCAGUAGGAUGUACUACUGCGAUUUAUCCUGUUUGUAGAAAGAUAACAGAGGAACUACUAAGGUGGAAACAGCAAGGUAUUAACCUAUCUGGUACUAAUUUGGUGAAAUUCAAAUAUACAAACACGAAUGGGGAUUUCAGAAAUUAUCUGUUUCAGUUUGGAUCAAAAAUGUUAGAAGAUCUAGUAAAAGAUGCUAAAAAAUGUGACACAAAAAAAGCAUUAAAAGAUGUAGAUGAUUAUAAACUGCGUUUUACUAUAUCUAAGUGUAACGACUUAGAUGUUUAUAGUCUGCAACUAUAUUUAAAAGUAUUUUUCCUGAAUCAAGAGCAUUCUAAUUUAUCGGAAAUCAUCGAAAUUUUAGAGACGAUUUUAGAAGCAUGGUACUCUAUGCCAUAUUCAAAAACAGUUGGCAUAAAGACUCAUUGGGCUAUCUAUUAUAGUGCAUUGGUUUCUAUUGUCAUUCAACAUUCCAAUUUGACUACCCAUUUUGUGAAGAUACUAGACGAUAUUGCCAGAACAGGCCUAGAUAUGGCGAUAAAUUCAACCAAAAAAUUGAGAUAUAUUUCAGAUAUCUUACAAUCUAAAGAAUAUGAUAAACUAAUAGAUCCAUCGACUGCUGAUUACAUUGUUUAUUAA